AUGAAUAAUGAGAGCGACUCGUUGAGCCCUCCUGACAAAGAAAAACAGGGGGAAGAGGAGACUCUACAGACUAACUCGGUAAUGGAGGCACCCGUGCAGGCUGACUACGUAGGGGCUGCUGAAACAGAGGAAGAAGUACUUUUACUACUGUCUACCCAUAGGGUGAUAUUUACCUUUAGAGUAAUAGUAUUGAUGUUGCUCCGAGCACGGCUUGUGCAUGAACAUAUGCCUGGUAUCGGAGCUAAGCCGGGUCUCAUCGCCCAAAGAGAUCAACAAUUUCGUGGUACUUAUUGA